AUGGAAGCAAAUUCAAUUUAUUUGAUUUUUAUUGUAGUUUUUUCAAUAUUACCAAUAUAUACAUUGCAAGAAAGUAAUGGAGGAAUGCAAUGUAUAACAAAUGUUAUUUAUUUAUUAAUACCUUGGUUAUGUGGAGAAUAUCUUCAUAUUGUAGCACCAAAGCCAUUUCAAACUAUAUGGUGGUAUUCCUAUGCCAUUCAAAAUUUCGAGAUCAUUCAAAUUUUCUUCAAGUCGGUUUUAAGAAAAAAUUUCAAUAAUAAAAAUGUUGAUCAAUUGACACACACUCUCAUUAUUUUUAGCAGAUUCAUUGUUCAAAGCAGUUUAGCUGGAAGUAUUGGAUACUUAGCUGUCUGGAAUGACAAGAAUCAACUGAAAAAGGAACAAGACAGUGAUAAAUUUGGAUAUUCUAAAAAAUCUACUAAUAUCAAGACAAGGGGAACUUUCAUGAAAUAUUUUUUACUUUUUCUUGGUAUAUUUUCAAUGAAUAGUGCGUUUUAUUACAUAAUAUAUAGAUUAUUUGCACAGAUGGGUUAUUAA